AUUAACAAAAUGUCGUAUCUUUUAAUAUUGUUAAUCAAUGGUGUCUUAAUUGGUAACAAUGAUGACAACAAUAUAAUAAAUAAUAAAUUCAAUUGUUUUGUAAACAAAUACAACAAAACAUAUAAGACUGAUAGCAAAGAAUUUUAUAAAAGACGGGACAUCUUUCAGGAUUCUUUAAAUCAUAUUAAUUGGUUAAAUAAUCAAAGAAUUAGUGACAAUAGUGCUGUUUAUGGUAUCACCCGAUUCUCAGAUCUAACACCACAAGAAUUUCAACAAAUAAUACAAAAACAUGUCAACAAUCAGUCACCAAAACGAAGAAUUUUGAAAACAAAGAAAAGAUCUUUCAUUAGUUCUAAAGAGUUAAAGACUUUUCUCAAAGAUGUGCCACAAAAAGUGGAUUAUAGACAACAAAACGCAGUUACAAAAGUCAUAAAUCAAGGUGAUUGUGGUGCCUGUUGGGCACUGUCUAUAGUUGAGACAAUCGAGACAAUGGUAGCACUUAAGACUAGUUCAUUGCGAAAAUAUAGUGUCCAACAAUUGAUUGAUUGUGCAAAUGAAGAUAAUAAGGGUUGUGAUGGAGGAGAUACUUGUGCUGCACUGGUAUGGAUGGCUGAAAAUAAUGUCCGCUUACAAACCGCUGACAAAUACCCAACGACUGGAACUUCUGGAAAGUGUAAACAAACAGAAACUAAACACGGAAUCGCUAUUUCUGGCAAUUUUACAUGUGAUAAUUUUAUAUCAAAUGAGCCACAAAUGGUGCGACUUUUGGCAAAUCACGGCCCUCUUGUUGUGGCCGUCGACGCAAAGAGUUGGCAGCACUACUUGGGUGGAGUCAUUCAAUAUCAUUGUCAACGUGACCUCAACCACGCCGUCCAGAUUGUUGGCUAUGAUUUAACCGGAGAUAUUCCUUAUUAUAUCAUACGAAACACUUGGGACACCAGUUUCGGAAUCGAUGGAUAUCUUCACAUCGCUAUCGGCAACAACUUAUGCGGAAUUGCUGAAGAAGUGUCAGCAUUUGAUGUCGUCAUUGAAUAA